AUUCAAAAAUGGAGUUUCUGGACGAGGACGCAAGGCCAAGGUUCCUCUUCCAAUCCAAAGCGGUGACGUCAUCGGCUACAGAAACCGAGCCUCACUACAAGAAUCUCAGCAAGCCCUGGAUCGCCUUCACCGUUUUGGUCUCGUUGGUUUUACUGGGUCUCGCUUUCUUCUUCCUCCAAUCCGAGCCCUACCAAUCGCUGCUCAUCUGGGUAGCGCUGUCAAUCCUCGUCGGCCCAUUCGCGCCGCCUUCGGUCACCGGCGGUGACGUAAGGGUCGGCCACGGCCCAGUCGUGGACUUCCCGGAGGUUCCGGCGGAGGUGGAGGAUGAAGCGAAGAGGAGGCGGCAGAAGCCGCGGCGGUUUGAAGAUCCUGGCGUGGAUUUGGCCGGAAAUGGUAAUGGGUAUGUGAGGGAGGAGAGAAAGGUGGAGGCUUUGGGAGGUGGAGGAAAUGGGGUUAGGGUUUUGGAGGAGGAGAGGGAUUGGGUUGAGGAGGAUGUGGAGGUUUUGAAGAAGCAGCUGGUGAAGAACCCGGUGGGGAAACCGAGGCGGUGGGAGGUGAUUGCUGAGGCGUUUGGGGGGAGGUAUAAGGUGGAGAGUGUGAUCAAGAAGGCGAAAGAGUUGGGGGAGAAGAAGGUGAGUGAUUCGGAUUCGUAUGCCGAGUUUUUGAGGAAGAGGAAGCCUAAUGAGAAGAAAAUGGAGAGUGGGAGUGAGGAGGUUGGGGAGGAGGGCAAUGCUGAGGGCAAGAGUGCUGGUGGUGGGGUUAGUUGGGGUGCUAGUGAGGACAUUGCGUUGCUUAAUGCGUUGAAGGCGUUUCCCAAGGAGGUGCCGAUGAGGUGGGAGAAGAUUGCAGCUGCUGUGCCGGGGAAGACCAAGGCGGCUUGUGUGAAGAGAGUGGCGGAGUUGAAGAAGGGCUUUCGGAGUGCUAAGGCUGCUACGGAUGAGUAGGUGAAGCAAUGUGGGAUCGGCUGAUCAAUUUUGAGGAGGUACACUGAUGAAUCUUUGAUUUCUUUGCUGUUUCGGUGGAAUUUGAGAUCAGGGUCUUUGUUUGAGUUGGUAAUAGGUGGUUUCGUAGUAUAAUCGAUGACAAAUAGUGAAAGAUAUUAAAAUCAUGGAAGAUUUAAUGUUCUACUUUGAAAUGUUGUUCUUAUGUUUGUUUACAUCAGAAUUACAAAUCAAGUUACAUGCAUUGAGACAACUUUGAUCAUAUUGUUUCAUCCAAAAUUAUUAAAUGAAUAAAUGGAGAGUAUAUACU